AUGAUUCGGUUGGAACAGAUUCGGGUUGAUCCUCUUGCACCAGAGUUUGCAAAGCCUCACCCCAAGCAAGAGAGCAUUUGGGCCCGCCAAUACGCAGACAGUUUCGUGAAAGCUCCUUUAGAUGAUUACCCCACACCUGAGUUGGUGGUGGACGCCUUGAGGGAUGGCCUUUCAACUGGACAAGACUUGUUGCGCUCCAUUGAUAUGGCUCCUAAUGAUACUGGUGAAUAUGAAGGGGGGGACAAUGGCUGUGAUGAUGAUGAUGAUGAUGAUGAUGAUGACGAUCACGAUGGCGGUGGUGGUUGUACCGGUGAAAACUGGCAAGGGAAUGGCAAGGGCAUAGAGGCUAAAGACUGGUUUUAUCACCUGUUCCGAUAUCCAGGAAAUAAGUUUGGAAGAGGCAGUACUAUCGGUGACAAACCAGACGACCAUCCCGACAGGGGCGAUGAUAUUGACACUACAAAUGGCAUAACUUGCCUUUCAGGUACUGAAUGGUUAAUCUGAAUUUGAAUUGUUAAUUCUAUGGGUAUAGUCAAAAGCUUAGUCAGGAAAGUGUUCAUUGACAUCAAUUUUAAUUUGAAAUUGCCAAUAGUAUUUGACUUGUUUUAACAAAACUCCCAAACCACCAUAUAAUGUAUAGAUACGCUGCUAAGCGCUUAGGAAUUGGAAGAUUGACUAUCAGUUGUAUGUGUAAUUUUGUUUUAUUUAAAUUACAUUUUGGUUGUUGAUGUUGUUGUUGUUUCGAUGAUCUCCAAGGUUUUGAACGUCAGGAAGAGAACGAAAGGCCUUUGCUCAAGAACAACCAAAAUGUGGAUGACUUGAUAGAUGACGUUGGUAUUACGAGGAAGCACAGUGCAAGGGUGACCGUCCCGGGGAGUGGGAGGCAAAUGUACAAAGCCACUCUCACUUCUUUCCUGAACCAGGAUCCAACUUUGUCACACGACAGGUAUGUUCUACAAUAAUAACGGUUUGAAUCUAUCCGUAAACAAACCUUUGAGAAAUUUAAUAAAAAAUAAGAGAAAUAAUGUUGAAAAGACGACAAAAUUAAACAUCCAAAAACAACAUCAAGGAAUAUUUUUAAACUCAUUAUUUUCUGGGUUUUUUUUCAGCAAAAUGCGUUUUUAGUAAAUAUAGCAAUUUUGUGUGUUAAAGGUAUAUUUACAAGUGUUGGUUUCUAUUUCAGACUAGAAUGAGUUCGCCAGAGGCAAGAGUACAACACAGAGGGACCAAGGAUGCGUAUAG